CAAAUUGAUAAGCAAUACAUCGAAGGGCUUGUGGCGCUGCCACAAAGGCUAAUUCCAAUUGCUAAACUGGACAGGGUCCCCCUUUCAAUUAUCAUAUAGUUACAGUACCGUGCUCCCCCGACCCCAAGGACUUCGUUCAAUAGACGGAAACGCACGGAAGGAACCUUUAGAAGCGUAGCCCAUUUAUUAGGGUGCUCUCGCUCGAAAAUUCCACUGGACAACCACCAUGUCUUCCACACCCAUUGAAACAUCUGGAUCUACUUCACCUGUCUUCAAUGAAAAACAGAUCGAAGAGUCUUUACCGCCUUCCGCGGUGCACGCCGCCAACCCAGUCGUCUCCAGCGCCGAGUUUGUCCUCGAACAAACAAACAUUGUCAAAAUCAACAACGACGCGGUCAGAAUAGCCGCACAAUACAUUUUGCGAAAAGUCGCAUCCGAGUCAUAUACUCCUCGCACAUGGCGCACGCAUCCCUUGCAUAUCUGCCCUCCGGAGCCAUAUGACCCCAAUAAUAUACUCACGGGCGCAUGUCUGAACUGGAUAUUCCUCAUCUCCUCCCUGAAUUUCAGUUUUUGGUCGGAAAAAGAAGGCCAGCCAGAUCGAUACGGCGUUGAAUGGCGAACCAGCUGGGGCAGCGAAACAAAGACAAUCCACACCGGAUACUGGAGCCUAGUAGCCGCUUUGAAUCGAGCGCUGGAGGAGGGUAUUCCCAUCAUCGAUCCGAAAUUUUAUUCCUCCGAGACAUUGUGCCCAGAUUCGUUGAUAGCUCACGUAUUCCGCGCUGCACCUCAAUCUGCCGAACCGAUGCCCCUGUUUAAUGAACGCUUAGCGAUCAUGCGUGAAGUCGGCACUAUACUGUGUAAUGAUUUUGGAGGAUCGUACCUAGGGUUUCUUGAUGCCUUUGAAAGAAGACAUGAGAAUCAGGGCACGGCCCUUGAUCUCGUCCAAUUUGUCACGGACUCGUUCCCGUGUUUCAGAGAUGAACGAUUGUUCAAUGGACGACGAGUAUAUUUCUGGAAACGACCCCAAAUCCUAGUCGCAGAGAUCUGGGCAGCUUUCUACCCGGAAAAUCCCUACACCCCACACCCCAUUUUCCCCGGACUCAACGGGCCACUUAUCAGCGACCUAACGAUGUUCGCAGAUUACCGCGUUCCACAGAUCCUGCAUCACCUCCGCAUCAUCACCUAUCCUGCAUCACUGAUCCGUGAACUGCGCAACGGCACGCAACUCGGUCCCGGAUCGAAAGAAGAAAUGAGCUUGCGCGCCGCGAGCAUCGUCGCUGUUGAACAGAUUCGAAAUGAGAUGAUCUCUUGUGGAUCUGAUUGGGAAGCGAGUAGUGUGCUGAUCGAUUUCUAUCUUUGGGAUCUUGCCAAAAAACUGGAAGGGGGAGAAGAGUGCAUUGAUGGGAUUGAGACGGAUGAUAUCGUGCCCGCGCAUAGGACGAGGAGUAUUUGGUACUAAGCUUUUGGUUCAUCAGUAGACAUAGACUUCGCUUUUUUCGCACUCCAGUGUUUAUUUACUCUUCUUAUUACCUCUAGAAUUAUAGAUUCACUUAUACAUUUGAAAUGUGGACAUACCUAACGACGACAGUUUCUGGUUGCACAAAACAGCCUUCGGUC